UUUGUGUGGGCGAGGCUAAGUGACAGCUGCGGAGCUCUGAGACUCGGAUCUUCGGUGUGUUUUUAUUCACCCGAAGACAAAUUGAAGAUUUUAAAAGAAAAGUGGAAAAAGGGGAAAAAGAAGAAGAGUACAGACAGUUAAAUCCCUCAGCCAGAAGAAGACUUUUCUUCACUUGCGGCAGAGAAACCUGGAGGAAAACAAACCGGCAGCUGCAGGAUGUGACAGAACCAGAACACAAAACACUGCGGAAUACUGAAGGCCACAACGAGCUCUGAGCGGGAACACGCUUUAAGAGACUACAACGAGCAGCUGUUCUAGGAAAUUACCGAGCCCUUUCAAAGGCAAGAUUGACAGAAGAAGCUCGGCUGCAGACAAACAUGGCCCUGUUCUUCUCCGGGGCCGUUACAAGUUCACCAAUAAAACGAAGGCUGCGGGCCAAUCACUCCUUUCAGAGCCUCGACCUGUCUCUCCUCUCUCCUGAUUCCUCGUACGUCUGUUACUCAUCUGUGGAUGGCGGUGAUCCGUGCUCCUGCCGCCGCUCUCCGCGCCUCCUCACCAACGGAUACUACAGCGUCACCGAGGACAGCUUCACCUGGGACGACUACGGCAACGUGUCGUUGACUCCCUGCAAAACCAACGUGUCAUACAAGGAGAACCUGGUCAGGAUUUUCCGGCGCAGACGGAGGCCCCGCAGUUCUCUGGCUAACCUGCUGAGUGACGUGACAGAGAGCUGCCAGUCGUGGCUGGAUGAGAAAGUCUUCAGAGGCGUAUUCAGAACAGGACAGAACCAAAACCAGAACUGGGAUCAAGACCAGGACCAGGACACGGUCCAGGACUGGGCUAGGAGCAGCCAGGAAGGCCUAGUCCCGUUCGACGAAUCAUCCUGGUCUGAAUUUAACAGCACCAAGCUGGACGACAGCCUCAGCUUCACUUAUGACCACACUGAGAUCCCGCCCCUUCCUGACAAAGUUGCCCCGUCCCCAAAGCUGCUCAUCCAGGAGGAGAUUUGUUCUGAGACCUGUCAAUCAAAGGAGCAGUUCACCCAGUCACUGGGCGGCCUCUCUGAAGUCCUGCCUCCGUCACCCUUCUACACCAACAGCUGCUGCUGUCAGGCCUCACCUGAGCCCGCAGGGUUAACAAUAAAGGCCCUUCUCCUUUUCAUCUUCACCAUCUUCAUCUUCACCGCUCUAUACUCUGGGUGUCUCUGGUGGAGCGCGAGUGUUACUUUGACCGUGUUAGUGAUGAUCACAACAUUUAUGUUCCUGAUGAAGUCAGGGCCGAUGGGCGAGUGGAGGAGGGCGAAGACGGAGGAUAUCACAUCAAGAAACGAGUAAAAGGAGUGCCAGGAGGCAGUUUUUCGAUGUUUUCCACGUGAACCUGGAGGAGUGACAGAAAAGGUCUGAUGGGACACAGUAGAAUUUUUUACAUUUCACUAACUGUUUGCAUGUAAGUUGCACUUAAAGGACUUUAGUUAUGCUGAGCUCCGGAAAACAUUUUACAGCAACACCUGAUUGAAGCACUUUUUGAAUGUAAAUCUUUAUCCAAAUAUGUUUUACGCUGUUAACUGUUUUUAAAUUAAAUUGAAACUGACAAAUCCAAAGCAAAAUGCCGGGGAAAUUAGCAUGGUGUUGCUUCCAGGUUGUUGACAGGACUUCCUCAAACACUUACUUGUGCUAAUGCUGCACUCGACUUACGACUGGGAGACGUUUGGAAACGUUCAUGUUUCUUCUGUGCUAAAUGUUGGAACUAUAAAAACCUUUCACCAACAUCAUGUCUGGAUUUUCCCGGAGUGUAAAAGUUGAAUCAGUGUGUUCCUGUUUAAAAAGCUGAAGGAGCUCAUCGACAUGGUGACAUGAGUUACAGUAGUUUAGCAGGUAUGAAGAUAAAAAGUAUCCAUAUCAAAUAUAAAACACCCAAAUGUACCUGAUGUAUUUUUGAAAAACCGUAAUUGUAUCUUUUAUUGUUAAUAUUUGAACUUGGCUUUUUUGGGCUGUCCAAAGUGACUAAACAUCAUACUUUACUUGUCUGGAGAACAAAUUCAGGUCCAACAGCAAAACAAGUGGCGAGCGUCGCUGUGAAGCCUCACUUCUAUUCCAAAUAAGAGCUGUGACUUUUUCUAAAUACACCGUUCUAGUUCAUCUAAAAUUGUAACCACAGAAAGAGAACUGCCAUUUUCUUUCCUGAGGACACGGAAUGAAGAGUUUUAUUCCAAAAUGAAAUAGCCACAAUUAAAUAAAGACACAAAGCAUAAAAUCUUUUUGAAGAAUCAUGUUGUCCUGCUACAUUAAAGCUGCACCAGCUCAGAUUUUAUUGUGAAAAUCUGAAUUCUGGUUUCCUGGAUAGAGUUCUGACAAGAAAGGGUUUUGCUGUUACAGAAUAAUAAUUUCUGACUUUCUGACGUCUGGAAAAUGCAUCAUAAGAAGGAGACGUUUAGUUUGUUAGGUGCGUUCGAGAUGACUGUGGCUGACUUUCACCAACUUCUAGUCUAACGUGAGCUGCAGGCGACUGCAGGGGUGGGGAAAAAAAAUGGCGACGUCAAGUCGGACACAUUCUACCCGUGUGAGCUUAUUGUGGGCUGAGAUCAAUGGCUGAUCUGGCGGCAUUUUUCUUUGCAAAUGCCAGUCAUCGAUCAGUCAUUGAUCUCAGAGAUCCGGCAAGUGUGGGGUUCCAACUUUGUGCAGCCGGAGAAAAGAAACUGCGGCCGCUGGACUAGGCACCUGCAGCUGCCUUGCUCCUGCGAGGUUUUAAUGUCAUGUGACAUGGUGAAGUUUUGCAGUGCCAGCGAAACACAAUUUCUAACCAGCAUGCCUUAUGUUAAGUCUUCAGCGCCGCAUGAAGCCACGCACCUAAUAUCACUUGAUUGAUAAGUUGAUGGAUGGGGCCAUGUUGCAUUCUGCAGAUACACGUUUUGAAGGCUUUACAUAUUCUUACCUCAUUCUGAUUGAUUUCAUACUGAUAGUUAAAACUAAUCAGACGUGGAGACGAAUCUAAAAUGAACUUUAUAAAUAAAGUCAGAGAACAAUAGUUCCCUUGUGCUACUUUAAGAGUAGCAGGUAAUACACCUCAUCAAUCUUCUGUAUUUGAAAUGUUACAUGAUAUUCAGGUUCCCAGUUGUUCUCUGCAGCUUUUUGUAGUAAAACUCUUAAGCUGUUAAGUGCCUUUAUAUCAGCCAGCAGUGCAGAAAUACUGAAUAAUACAGGGAUGUGUUUAAUUUAAUGCCUAAAAUGCUGCUGACACAUUUAACAGACCUGCUCCAGUGGGGAGUGUUUGAUUUAACCUGCAUGGUGUAGCAGGUGGGUGGAGUUUACUGCAUCAGGAAUAUUUUCAGAUCUAAAAAAUCUAUAUUUUGUAAUAUAUUUGGCUGUUCACACAUUUGAUGCCUGAACAAAUGACUAUGAGGAAAAGUACAAAGCAGAUUUACUUGUUUCAGUAACAACAAACUCCUCGUUUCAGCUCAACCUGCUGUUGCUGUGUUGUUCUGAUGGGUGUCAUUUCAAACUUUGGAGUGAGCCAAGAUUUGGAUCAAUCAUGAGCAAAACACUGCGUCAUAGCAGCUGAAUUCAUCCAAACUGAUUAGAACUUAGCACCUUCCUGCCAGUAAACGUGGGUCAGUGUCAGUUUUAAAGUCUAUGUGUGAACACAGCCGGUCCUGUUUUCUGUGGGACAAACUCCACCCAGCUGGCAUCACAACUCCUGUAUCAGUCAGGUCCUUCGCACAGUCUUACUUUGAAACAGGGAUUGUACUUUCUGAGGGAGCAAUAAUUCCAGAAAAUGGAAGAAACUCAACUAUGAACUGUGUUGAGCUUUAAAACCCUAACCGUGAGCAGGGAGGAAUAUUUUGGGAGAGAAUCUUUCCCUGAAGGUCAUAUACAAACAGUUUGUAUUGAUCGGUUACCUCUCUGUGACUCCUGUAGGAGGAAAAGAGAAAUACAUGUUUUCAUCAGGAAAAGAAGUGUGGCUGGAAGCCGGGAUGUAAAUGUAAAGAAAACAAAGUACUGUAUGGCAUUAUAAGGUUUUGACUUUAUAAAGCUUUUCAAAUUCGAUCAUGUUUGGGCCUCAAACUAUGCCAAGACUUUUAGCAAACCUGAAGAAGGGAGAGGUGAGAUGUGCUUUGUUUUCACUGACAGCACAAAUCAACUCUUUGAGUGAAAUUUAAAUGUUUUCAUGUGUGUUUUUGUGUAGUGGACUUUUGUCCAUGUUGACCAGAGGAGCAGAGAACCUUUUAUCUUUAGUUCUUCAUGUUCCAGAUUGUCUGAAUGGAUUAGGAUAAUAUAUAUAUAAAGCUUAUGUUCAAGUUGUUGUGAUAAUCAUACUGCAUCUAUGUCAUAGAGGAAUUACAGUAAUUAACAGUUUCUUGAAUCUUUUUCACUACCAUCCAUCUCACAUGUCAUAAAGGUGGCAUCAAAUCUGUAACAUGAAGGGUUAAUGUCCGGCCACACCAGAAAACUACUGGGUCUACUACUACUGUCUUUUACCUGUGAGUACACCAUGUCUCUGUUGUAGAAAAGUUUAUACUCAGACAGAGAAAGUUAAAUAAGCUUAUUAGCUGGUGACACGCAGCUAAUAAUCCUUCCCCAGCUCUGUCAAGACAGCUUUCUGUUAGUCAAUGGUGCAAAUUUGCGGAAAAUAAGCUUGGAUUAACUAAAGUCCUGAAAGAGAAUCUGCUGAUUGUGGCUAUAUACAUUGAAAAUAAUUGAUUUCACUGUAAAAUUUUGCCUUUUAAAUGCUGGUGUGACUGGACCUUUAAAGGAAAAUCGGUGUGUUUUAUUCACUCAAAGUGCCAAAUUUGUAGAAAUCUGAUGAUUCAACAAUGAACACAAAUCCAUUUAUAUUGCUGAUAUUUGUAAUACAGCUCUGCAUGACUAAUUACUUUUGAUAUGAACAAUUUUCAAAUCACUCUGUGAAAUGUGACAGAUCAUGACCUCUGCAGCUCCAAGAAGCCUUUCAGCCUUUUCUAGCUCCUAGUUUUGGUUUUAUGGCUGAAAAUAUGAGCCAGCUAUUUCCCACAGGAGAUGGUGGAGACUAAACUAGAGCUAAAAGGAGAGUGAAUAUUGGACUUGGAUUAAUGAGGUGGAUACAAACAUCACUCCAAUGGUAUGAUAAUGUUGCUGGAUGAUGUGUUACAUGUCUAUUUUUCUGCCCCCUGGUGGCUAAAAAUGUCAAUGCAGCGUUAAAUGAUAAAAGUUAGACAUGCAUCAAGUUUGGCAGUUAGUGAUUUUUUUUUCUUUUAUAUAAACUUUUAUGAGGUAAAAGAUGGAAAACAUUUAAUAUAACAUUCUCUUGGAUGAAUCAAACCUUUAGCUUGUUUGUGUUGUAAUGCAGCUACUAUACAUGGUCUUGUACACAGGGUUUUUUUUCUUCCAUUGACUGCACUUGUUUCCAAAGGUGGAAAUGUGAUACUAUGUGACGGCACUUAUUAUAUUUGUUUUAUAAUAUGUUUUUAUUCAAUUGUACUGUUUUCAUGUUAUUAAAGUCUCUGAUAGUUUAUCCCCUGUUCUGAAAACUGUAAAAUUAAACCAGAAACAAUGCGCAAACUAGAUUUAAAUUUGAAAUUGACACCCAAAGAAGAUACAAAUAAUGUAUUAUUUUACAAGAUACAAAUAAUGUAUUAAUCACUGUGACAAAUUUGCUUCCAAAAUGACACAAAGUGUAAAUCCCUGUGUUUCAUUCAGCUAAUUGUCUUAUAGAAACAGUAGUUUAGUGAUUUGGAUCAUGAGUAGUAGGCCCUUUCUGCCUGUUGAUGGCGCUGCUUUUUAAGAUUUAAUUUUUACAGUAUUUCGCAUGUUAUCAGAUUGACCAGUUUCAGUGAAAAUGUUUUCUCAAGUUAAAGUGAAUGUUUAUCAUCUAUUAAACCGGUUAUAAAGACAAA